AUGAUUCAAUCAUCAUUAUCAUCUACUAGUAAUCUCUUAUAUACAACACAUCCUCAAGCAGUUUAUACAAGUAAACUUUUGGAUUUUAAAAAUCUUCCAGAACCCAAAAAUGCAGAAAAUGAUGAUUUAGAAUAUUCAGAUUUCUUUAAAAAUGGAUUUAAAUAA